AUGGCCCUGAUGCCAAGACCCCUGGAAAAAAUGCCAGGCUUUAUAUUAGGGAAGUUGUUUUUGGAGACUCAGUGUGUGAAACCGCCCGUUUGUCUUUCCCAGGGAGGGUCGCUGGGAAAAGGCACAGCAAUGAAACAGGGUUCAGAUGUCGACCUGGUGGUGUUUCUGGAUGUCUUCAGAAGUUACGGAGAUCUGGAAGAGAAGCGAAAGUGGAUCAUUGAGGAGAUUGAAAGGCGGCUCACAGAAUGCCAGACAGAGCUGAAUCUGGACGUCCACUUUGAGAAGUCCAAGUGGCCCAAGCCUCGUGUGCUUCAAUUCAGGUUGCGUUCAAAGAACUCAGAGGAUUGGAUUGAAUUUGAUGUCCUGCCGGCCUUGGACAUCCUAGGCCAAUAUGAUGGCUCCAGGCCUGACCCUCAGAAAUACAUCAACCUGAUCCCUGCCAGCAAGCAUGGCUAUUAUGCUCCCUGCUUCACCGAGCUGCAAAAGCAUUUCAUCGUUGAUUGUCCAACCAAGCUAAAGAACCUCAUCCGCCUGGUGAAAUACUGGUACAAAGAGUUGCCUGAGCAGUCACUACCCCCAAAGUAUGCGCUUGAGCUACUGACUGUCUACGCCUGGGAGAAAGGAAGUGGAGGAACCAAGUUCAGCAUGGCGGAGGGUUUCCGGACAGUCCUAUGGCUCAUUGAGAGACAUAAGCAGAUCUGCAUAUACUGGACAAAAUACUAUGAUUUUGAGGAUGAGACCAUCAAGCGGCACUUACAGACCCAGCUCCGUAAAAACAGGCCAGUCAUCCUUGAUCCAGCGGAUCCGACUGCAAACAUUGGAGAGGGAAAACGCUGGGAUCUGCUUGCACAACACGCGAUCUACUAUGCUUCUCUGCGAUGCUGUCGGAACCUAGAUGGUUCUUUUGUUGAACCCUGGAUUAUGCCGCUGGAAGUGCCUUGGGAGCAAGAACACUGGAACUGCAUUCUACUCUGAAGAGGCUCCACGUGGAUCUAAAACACUGGGAUGGGAAACAACUGAAUGGCACUCUACGUUCCCUUUGGCAUUAAAGCACUUCAGGAGCUCAAACGUAAGGGGAAAAUCAGAAAAUACACACCAAGCUAAAGAGACUACCUGAAACUGAUGAAGGCAUGAUUUUAAAAACCGUCUUAGUUUGAGGAGUUCAAGAUAUGGAAGAUACCACCGUUGGUGGGACAUGUCGGGGGAAUCCAACAAUGAAAUUCGUCAUUGCCAUCCAACUUAGAUUUGCAUUUGGUUACUUUGCUUCUUACAGUUGUAAUGCUCAUGUUUAUAUUAGUGCAUAUUUUAUAUAUUCAUGUUAAGAAAUUGCAUGUAAAGGUGCUUACUUUAAAGACACGUAUCAGGAUGUUACUAUAUCUGAGGAAAAUUGCAAGGAGUGGAGUUUGGUGGAAUCAUGAUAGACAGACCAGGAGCUUGUGAAAUCCACGCUGGGCAAGAUUUUUCUCUUUUAGAUGUGUUGGGUGUCCAGAUAGGCCAUAGAUCAAUGCUAUAUGGGUCGAUUUAUUCAAAUAUAUUCAAUAAUAUAUUCAAAUAUAUUAUUCAAAUAAAAGAAUAUUCAUUCUUUUACCUUUAGGAUUAAUUUCAAUCAUGCUUUAAUCUCAAGGUUAGCUGCCUGGCAUCACAAGAGAGAUUGUUUAAAGUACUGAAGAAAUUCUCAACAAAGGCCAAUUACCAUCUGAAUGGAUUACAGAGAAAGAUUGUUCUGUGUAGAAAAAAGGAAUAUAAAAUUGGCUUA